AUGAUUUCAGGAUCGACACCAUUAUGAUCGCGCUUAAUUCUACUUGUGGAAAUACCGAGGCUCAUCAUUGACCCGGCUAGCGCCAUCUCAUCCCUCUACCAAACCCAGCUUCUCCAUACAUGUGUAGCUGCAUGUAGCUAGCUCCUGCGGGGUAGAAAUAUACAAAUUAUAUAAACUAUUAAUUACGUCGCGCCCUCUUUCUUUUCAUCGUCUAAUGUUCAGUAUUUGCUAAUUUCAUCGCCAUGGACUCCGCUAUCAAAACCCUGCAGCAGCACGCUGCUAGCAUCCAGGAGCAAAUUGCUCCUCACAUCACUCCUCUGCUGGAGAAGCUGCCCCCGUCAGUGCAGAACGCCAUUACAUCAACAACCACGCGCAAUAUUAUCGCCUUUGUCGUUGCCUGGAACGUUUUGAAGUCCUUCAACGGCCUUUUGUCAAGCUUUGUCCUCAAUAACUGGACUUCCGACAAGUGGGAUUGGCCACGCGAGGUGGUUUUGAUCACCGGUGGAUGCAGUGGAAUCGGCAAAUAUGUCGUCGAGAAGCUGGCCCGGAGGGGUAUCAAGGUCGUUAUCGUCGAUAUCCAGGAGCCACAGGCUAAAUUACCUGCCAAUGUCUACUUUUACAAGGGCGAUGUCACUUCCACGGACAGCGUCAAGGCAGUCGGUGCCAAAAUCCGCAAGGAGCACGGUGACCCGACGGUGCUGAUCAACAAUGCCGGAAUUGGUCACGAAGGACCUAUCCUCGACAAGCCCGAGGGAGUUAUCCGCAAAGUGUUCGAAGUCAACACCCUGUCUCACUGGUGGACUGUCAAAGAGUUCUUGCCGGCUAUGAUAAAGCGCAACCACGGACACAUCAUCACCAUUGCUAGCGCCGCUAGCUUUUUGGGUCUCGGCGAAAUGACUGAUUACAGCUGCAGCAAGGCCAGUGCUUUGUCGUUCCAUGAAGGUCUCACACAGGAGAUUCGCUUGUGGUAUAAAGCUAAGAAAGUUCGCACAAGUAUCAUCCACCCCAUCUGGGUCAAGACACCCCUCAUCAAGCCCAUCACCGAUUCCGGUGUCAAGUUCCGCCAACCCAUUUUGGAAGUUGAAGAAGUCGGAGACGUUAUUACCAAACACAUUCUGUCUGGUAACAGCGGUCAAGUCAUCAUUCCCAAGAGUAUCAGAAAUGCCGGCCUUGUCCGCGCCCUACCCAACUGGAUUCAAGAAAUUAUCCGUAAUAUUGCUUCCGCUGAUCUGAAGAAGAUUCGCGAAGCUCAGGACGCGGCUUUGGCGGCAGAACAAAAAUCUGGCAAAUCUUAAUUCGUAUUUGUAUGAUUAAGCUGAUGUGUAUGUAACUUUUGCUUGUGGAUAGAGAUUUUCUGAUAAACUGAACCAUAUGAUGAUACCUAUAUAUAUUAAAAUUUCUG